UUGGCUGGUGGUUGAAUGUUGUGUGUGAAGUUUAGGAAAAAUGUUGAUUGUUGAAAAUCCAUUAUAUACUAUAUAGUAGUACAUAUUGAAAUUUAAUAACACAACAGCAUUGGGCACUAUUGAUUUUCAUUUACUGGACAUUUUCUUGCAGAAAACAAAUAAAGUAUGAGCAGCAGUAGUAAUUUAACUGAUACGACGUUAAAUGUCACUACAACCGCCAUCACCACAGCGACUGCUUUGGUAAAUACAACAACCUCAUCAUCAGUUAAAUUAAAUUUCAUGCCACAAAUGUCCGCUGCUGCCGCGCCCAUCGAUCCUUUGAGCCAUGUGGGUGAUGGUAUAUUUCUGCAGACAAAAACCGCUCAAGGUUUAGCUGGAAUAUUCGUUUGGGCAGCUUUGUUUAUCACAUGCCAACAGAUUUAUCAACAUUUACGUUGGUACACAAAUCCCCAAGAGCAACGUUGGAUUGUACGAAUUUUAUUUAUUGUACCCAUAUAUGCAACAUAUUCCUGGAUAAGUUUGUUAUUUUUUAAUUCUGACAAUGUAUAUGUGUAUUUCUUCACCGUGCGAGAUUGUUAUGAAGCUUUUGUCAUUUACAAUUUCCUGUCGCUGUGUUAUGAAUAUCUGGGCGGUGAAGGUAAUAUAAUGUCUGAAAUUCGUGGCAAACCCAUUAAGACCUCUUGUCUUUAUGGCACAUGUUGUUUAAAGGGUAAAACCUAUACAAUAGGAUUUUUACGUUUCUGCAAACAAGCGACUUUGCAGUUUUGUUUGGUUAAACCAUUGGUGGCAUUUAUUAUCAUAUUUUUGCAAAUAUUUGGUCAUUAUCAUGAUGGUGAUUGGAGAUCCGAUGGCGGUUAUAUUUAUAUUACUGUCAUUUACAAUAUUUCGGUUUCAUUAGCGUUAUACGGUUUAUAUUUGUUCUAUUUUGCCACCCGUGAUUUACUAACACCUUUCGAACCAGUUUUGAAAUUCUGUACCAUCAAAUCGGUGAUUUUCUUAUCAUUUUGGCAGGGUGUUGGUUUGGCUAUUUUGGAAAAGGCUCAAGUUAUUUCACCAAUUGUUGACAAUGCUGGCACUGUUACUUCGGCCGGUACCGUAUCGGCUGGUUAUCAGAAUUUUUUCAUUUGUAUUGAAAUGUUAUUUGCUGCAAUUGCUUUACGUUAUGCCUUCCCUUAUCAGGUGUACGCCCGCAGCUGUAUUGGCGACGGACAUGGUCGCUCGGUAACCAUGCAAUCAAUUUCCAGCAGUCUCAAAGAAACCAUGAAUCCUAAAGAUAUUAUGACAGAUGCUAUACACAAUUUCCAUCCACAGUAUCAACAAUACACUCAAUACAGUUCCGAUGUAACUUCAUCUCAACGCUAUGAAAAACUUUAAACUUUAUACUAAAUAAUCGUAAUUUAAUUGAUAAACAAAAAAAAAAAUUAAAACAAAAAUUGUUUGAAAUUGCUUUCAAAAUUAAACAUUUGCUUAAAUACAAACAAACGAAAUUCAUAAAAGACAAUUAAUUAAUAAUUCUUUAAGUUAAAUAUAUAAACUAUUAAAUUUAGUAUAAAAUACCAUAGAAAAUUAAGUUUUAUUACAAACAAACAACAAAAUAUUUUUAAAAAAACCAACACUACCAUAGUUGCCUUUACAAAAGCCUAUAAAAUCGUUAAAAAAAACUUAAAAUCACUAAAUCAGUCUUGUUGUUAAAAAAAAGUAUUUAAACCUCUUUAAAGAGUAAAGAUAAAUCUAUAGCCGGGCUUGUUACUUAACACUGUAUUCGAAUUUCUCACAACGUUCACAAAGUAUUAUUUACUUACAUACGUUUGUUUGUCAAGAAAACAGGACUGAUUAAAUCCUUUAUUUAACUACAAUGUUUUUCUUUUACAUACUUUUUGUUGUUUAAGCGGUUUUAAGGUCGUCUUAGAAAUGUUAUAAAUAUUAUUUUAUUUUAUAUAUAAUUUCUUCUACCUAAUGCAUUUGAUAUGUAUUUAUUUUUCUAUAACUUUUUUUAAAUAACGACAAAAAAAUCUAAGUUUUUUUUUUAUUAUUAUUUUCUAUACAACAAUAUAUCUUAUAAACAAAAUGUUUUUCCCAACUAUGUACUUAAAUUACGUGAUACCUUUUAAAAAUAAAUAUUCAAACUAUACAGAAAUUUUUAUUUUUUAACUAAAUAAAAUAUUGUUUUUUUUUUAUUUUUUAUAUUAUUUCAUCUUUUUUUAUUUUUUAAAUAUGUACCUUUAUUUUAAAUUGUAAAAUAUUUUGUUUUUCUUUUCAUUAAUAAUUUUAAGUUUUAUAAUAAAUUGAAUUCAAUGGAUUUUGUUUAUAGCUUUUAUAUUUUAUUAUAAAAAAAAACAACAACUACAUUAAAAAAAAUAUUACAAUAAUUACUUUACAAAUUAUUGCUGUAAUUUAGAGCCAAAUUUUAUAAAUUCUUUUUGUUUGCAAACUACAAUAUUUUCAUAUGAAAUUUAAAAAUUUUGUUAAAGUGAUUUGAAGUAAUUUAUAAAAGAAGGCAUUUAAUUUUUAAAUGAUAUUGAAAUAAACAUAUUAUUUGUAUCUUUAUAAUUAUAAGUUGUAAAGUUUAAAACAAACUACGAAAAAACAAAAACACACACAAAUAUAA